GGAAGGUACAGAUUUUGUUUAUUACACAAAAAUAUGAUGCCAAGUGUAAAUAAAUUCUGCAUAUAAUAAGUAAAAUGUGGACAAAUCAGGUUGACAACUUUUCUAUCGACUUGUGUUUGCGUGUUUAUGAUGCCUCCUGAAUUCGAGUCGAGAUUGUGACUAUGAGACUUUUCGAAUUGUUGAGACUUACGUGUAGGCCUUGCGGAAAGGAUGUGACAAAUGUUUUAGAAGGUUUUGUCCUCCUUCGUGACCCAAGGUUAACAUUAAACUUUAUUUCGAAUCAUUGCGGUCUUCGACCUCUUCAACACCGACCUGAAUCCUUUAUGCUCAGCCCCUUAAGAGCUAGACUACUAACGACUUUUGAUUAUUUUUUUUACAUUUCAUGAAAUAUGUCGUCCCAUGCCCACACACACUUAAUCAGGUAAAUUGUGCAUAAUACUGUCAUUAUAACCGGUUAAUUGAGGUUCAAUGUAAUUUAUGAGGGUCACUUUCAGCUGUCAAGUAGACCCCAUUAUGCUCAUCAUUUUUAGUUGCACUUUUAACUUCGAAAUAAUACGCUCAUUUCCCUUCCCCACGAAACCCCUGUCCUGUUCAAAAAUAAAUAAUGUCUCAAAAUAUAAAUAAAUUCUUCUUCUUAUCCGUCGUCGUCACGUUUAUCUUGUUACAAUUUCUAUUUGUGGAAAUCACCUCGAGAAAAGUGUGUGGUCCGAACGCAUUCCGUUGUCGGGACGGGAAAGGAUGUGUCGCGGCCUUGGACGUUUGCGAUGGCGAGUCCCACUGCCUCAAAGACAGCUCUGACGAGAACGUGCACUUUUGUUCGGGAAACUACACGGGGCUCACGAAGCAGUUGAUCGACGAGUGUGCCGCGGGGAUGUACCGGUGUCGUUUUGGAGGUUGUAUCAACGCGCAGCAUUUGUGUAACGGGGUUAUCGACUGCUACGACGGGUCUGAUGAGACGUAUGACAUUUGCAGGAAAAACAGGUGUUCCAAAAAUAAGUUUAGAUGUGAUUACGGGGCCUGUAUUAAGGGAUCCUUAAGUUGCAAUGGGAAGCCAAAUUGUCCCGAUGGUUCCGACGAGACUCGAACUCUCUGUGAGGAUCAUGUCUGCCAAAUCAAUAGUUUCAAAUGCAAUUACGGAGCAUGCAUUCCAGACUCUAAAGUGUGCGACAAGAAGCCUGACUGUCUUGACAAGAGUGACGAAUUCCAAACCGCGUGCGAAGGCGACUUUAACGGGACAGACAUUACACCAGACAUUCUCUAAUUUUUUGAUAAACGUAUCUAUUUAUUUUCAUGUCUUUCAGAAAAAUGUACUACAAUAAUGAAGUGCAAUAAAUUUGAUACCAUAAAUAUUAAAAUA